CCUGCCUGACCACUGACUCCCCAGGAGCGUGGGCUUUUAAACCUGUGUCUGCUGUGACUAAUAGAAAUGCACACAUCACAGCAGACACAGGCAGCCCGGGGUGAGACACAUCUGGUCUUUUCCAGCCUGUGUGGGGGCCCCAGCUCCUCAACGGAGCAAGAAAGCAUCUCCCUGGCAGGAGAUCUGGAGCCAGGUGAAUCAAGAAACCUGCGUGUCCACUUCCUGGGCGUCAGGCCUUUCCUUCCCUGGCCUCAGCUCCCCAUCUAUUCAAUAGGAAGAACCCUUUGGGAUUUCUUUGGAAGGAAAGGGGGAUUUUAUUUUUUUUAAUAGCAGUGCUAUCAGAUCUUUGGUCGAGACCCCAAGAGAAGGGGAGAUUUUGCUUUAAAAGGAGCCCUUCCCAGCUGGGCACAGUGGCUCACACCUGUGAUCCCAGCACUUUGGGUGGCCGAGGCGGGCGGAUCACUUGAGGUCAGGAGUUUGAGACCAGCCUGACCAACAUGGUGAAACUCCAUCUCUAGUAAAAAUACAAAACUAGCUGGGCGUGGUGGCGCAUGCCUGUAAUCCCAGCUACUUGGGAGGCUGAGGCAGGAGAAUCGCUUGAACCCCGCAGGCGGAGGUUGUAGUGAGCCGAGAUCGGGCCACUGCACUCCAGCCUGGGUGACAAGAGCAAAACUCCGUCUUAAAAGAAAAAAAACAUUAAAAAGAGGAGCCCCUCCCCCUUUCACUUCCUCUCCUCCGCGAUCGCAGCUCUCAGCUGGGCCACAGCGUAGGCGGUCGUGCGUAUCCGGGGCUGCGCUCCCAGGCUGCAGGGGUGUCAGUGUGUCAGGCGAGGAGGAGGAGGAGAAGGUGGCGGCAAGGUCGCGGUCCGAGGCUCCGGCGCUCCCUGCAGCCUAACUCCCAGCCCAGGCUUUCUCCGCUGCGCGGAUAAAAGGCCGGCCUGCCCCGCCCCCGCGCCCCGGAGCUGCAGCUGGACUGGCGCAGACAGGCUGGGCGCCGAGCGCAGGCACCCAGGGCUCCCCAUGAGCGCACGUGGGCCCGACUGAGAUCGCGCCAUGGGGCAGGCGGGCUGCGGGGGUCUCUGCCUGUCGCUGUUUGACUACAAGACCGAGAAGUAUGUCAUCGCCAAGAACAAGAAGGUGGGGCUGCUGUACCGGCUGCUGCAGGUUUCCAUCCUGGCGUACCUGGUCGUAUGGGUAUUCCUGAUAAAGAAGGGUUACCAAGACGUGGACACCUCCCUGCAGAGCGCCGUCAUCACCAAAGUCAAGGGUGUGGCCUUCACCAACACCUCGGAUCUCGGGGAGCGGCUCUGGGACGUCGCUGACUACGUCAUCCCACCCCAGGGAGAGAACGUCUUUUUCGUGGUCACCAACCUGAUCGUGACCCCCAACCAGCGGCAGAACGUCUGUGCUGAGAAUGAAGACAUUCCUGAUGGCGCAUGCUCAGAGGACAGUGACUGCCACUCAGGAGAGGCGGUUACAGCUGGAAAUGGAGUGAAGACCGGCCGCUGCCUGUGGAGAGAGAACUUGACCAGGGGCACCUGUGAAAUCUUUGCCUGGUGCCCACUGGAGGUGCGCUCCAGGCCGGUGGAGCCGUUCCUGAAGGAUACCGAAGACUUCACCAUUUUCAUAAAGAACUACAUUCGUUUCCCCAAAUUCAACUUCUCCAAGAGCAAUGUGAUGGAUGCCAAGGACAGAGCUUUCCUGAAAUCCUGCCGCUUUGGCCCCAAGAACCACUACUGCCCCAUCUUCCGCCUGGGCUCUGUGAUCCGCUGGGCGGGGAGUGACUUCCAGGAUAUAGCCCUGGAGGGUGGUGUGAUAGGAAUUAAUAUUGAAUGGAACUGUGAUCUUGAUAAAGCUGCCUCUGAGUGCCACCCUCACUAUUCUUUUAGCCGUCUGGACAAUAAGCUUUCAAAAUCUGUCUCCUCUGGGUACAACUUCAGAUUUGCCAAAUAUUACCGAGAUGCAUCCGGGGUGGAGUUCCGCACCCUGAUCAAAGCCUACGGGAUUCGCUUUGACGUGAUGGUGAAUGGCAAGGCAGGGAAGUUCAGCAUCAUCCCCACCGUCAUCAACCUGGGCUCUGGGGUGGCGCUCAUGGGUGCUGGGGCUUUCUUCUGUGACCUGGUACUCAUCUAUCUCAUCAAAAAGAGAGAGUUUUACCGCGACAAGAAGUACGAGGAAGUGAGGGGCCUAGAAGACAGUUCCCAGGAGGCCGAGGACGAGGCAUCGGGGCUGGGGCUAUCUGAGCAGCUCACAUCUGGGCCGGGGCUGCUGGGGAUGCCGGAGCAGCAGGGGCCGCAGGAGCCACUCGAGGCAGAGCGGAGCAGCGGUCAGAAGGGGAAUGGCUCGGUGUGCCCGCAGAUCCUGCAGUCCAGUAGGAUGAGGCGGGCAGAUCACCUGAGGUCAGGAGUUGCUGACCAGCCUGGUCAACAUGGCGAAAACCGGUCUCUACUAAAAAUAAAAACAAUUAGCUGGGUGUGGUGGUGUGCACCUGUAAUCCCAGCUACUCGGGAGGCUGAGGCAAGAGAAUCACUUGAACCUGGGAGGCGGAGGCUGCAGUGAGCCGAGAUUGUACCACUGCACUCCGGCCUGGCAACAGAAACUCCGUGUCAAAAAAGAAAGUGAAGAUCCAGGUGAUCCACUUAGGUGUGUGACUUCCUCACUGAAGCAAACAAAGCCUUGUAUUUUAUAACUUGGUUAGUUUUAGGUUUGGGAGGAAGCAAAAAGGCAGGGGUCAGGGCUGCUAGUUUGUAACCAGAUUUCAAAAUGGCUGGCAGAAGCUACAGAACCUGAGGAAAGUUAUACUAUUUGUUUCAAAUUGCAGCAAAAAUGUCUUCCUACAGUUAGUAGUUCCUACAGCCAGGAAGUACUUAUGGAGCGCCUGGGAUGUGUCAGGUGCCAGACCUGACGACGCUGCUGAGGCAGGGCUGAGCAUCACCAACACAAUCCCUGCCCUCAAGGGUUUCCAGUCUAACGGCGAGUAGACCCUUAAUCCAGUGAUCAUGCCUGUCAUCCCGCAGGAAAUGGGGUGUUGCAGAGUUCAAUGAGUAGCCAGAGGUUUCCCCAAGGAGGUGACCUAUGAGUUGAAAUCUGAAAGGGUAUAGCAGCCUAACUAGGUGACAGGGAAAGCAUUCCAGGUAAGGGACACACAGGUGUGAAGAGGUGCUCUGACAUGGGUAGGUGCAACUGAGAACCUGGGCGAGGGCCACAGACAGGAGGCAGGCUUGGUGAGGCUUUUGUUUAAUCUUACAGUUGACUGUCGUUAACUGUAAGGGUUGUCCCUUUAGACUUCACUUCCUUAGAGGACUGACUCAGGCUCAUUGUUUCCCCCAGCCAGCCACGAGUUCCAGUGGUCUCUUUACUGUCCAUUGGGGCCCCAUGCUCAGAAGAGCCAGGGAUCCCAUGACAGCUUCUGGACUGCCACUCUUCCAGUUUCCUUGUUUUUUGCACAGCUCCCGGCUCCCAUCUUUUUUCUGCAUAAUCUUGGUGCAAGAGUGGGAGGCUCAUUCAUUUGAUGGAAACUGGCUUUUAAAUGGGGAGAAGUGAAGCAGGAACUCGAGCUCCUUUUCAACUUGGGCACUGGUAGCCUCAUCGGGAAGAUGAGUGUGCCAGCCUCUCAAGAGCUGCUCUCUGUUCUGAUAUUCCAGGAGCACGUGAAAUGCCUGUGCUUAUGGUCAGGCCUAUCCUAAAUCCAGCCAUCUAACACUGAGUUACCCAUGCCUUUGGGAAUGCUGUGAGCUGCCCAACAGGAAAUUUGUACGUCGGGUGCUAUCAAUGUCACACCACAGGGACCAGCCAUGAAAGAGCAAAGUGACCUCCACGUCCGAUGCUGGGGCCACCAGGACUGACCCAUCAUGGCUGUCUUUCUGCGCCCUCCCCCCGCCCCCCCACUCCACCACCUUCAGUUCUUCCAUUCUCCGUGGCUGGCUUCCUGCACUGGGGAAUGGGCUGUAAGUGGAGAACAUUGUUCUUGUUUCCUUGAGCACCUCAGAAUGGCAUCUUGCCUGUCUGGAAAAGGGCUCCAUUUGGCUCCACCCACUCCCCUCCCCAAGCGCUGCCGCUUUCCUUGGAGUGUACCCUGAGGGGAUCCAAGAACCUGCUCUCCUGAAGACACUGCCUUCCUGCCCGCUGUCUGCCUUCCAUUACACCAGGACACAAUUAAAUUGGGGAAGACGGCAGACACUUUCUGGGACCCACCCAAUAUAUGUAUUCGCUGACGCUCUUCUUUGGCCCUAAAACAAUAAAUUGUGUCAAUUUCAAA